AUGGAAAUACAUGAAGUGCAAAUUCUCCAGGAGAUCCGUAACCGGACCAUCAGGACUAUGUGUAGCCAAAAGAACAUGCCCCACAGUAUUUGGUCCUUGAGCCCUCUGCAGAGAAAGACUCUGCUUCAGCACAUCCUGGUAAAUGAGGAGCACCACUUCCUCUACUGCUACGUCCCAAAAGUGGCAUGUUCCAACUGGAAGAGGGUGUUGAAGGUGCUGAGCGGAGCCCUGGAGAGUGUGGACGUCAACAUCAAGAUGGACCACCGGAGUGACCUGCUGUUUUUGUCCUCUCUGAAACCUGAGGAAAUCAGCUACCGCCUCAAGCACUACUUCAAGUUUAUGUUUGUGCGAGAGCCAAUGGAGAGGCUGCUCUCUGCAUACAGGAACAAGUUUGGAGAGAUCCAGUCCUACCAGAAGAAAUAUGGUGUGGAGAUCAUAAAAAGGUACAGAAAAGGCUACGUGAAGGACUCGUCUGUGAGCGGAGAUGACGUGACCUUUGCAGAGUUUGUUCGUUACUUGCUGGAUGAGGAUGUGGAGCGUAUGAAUGAGCACUGGAUGCCGGUGUACAACUUAUGUCAACCUUGCGCUGUGUCUUAUGACUUUAUCGGAUCCUAUGAGCACCUUGAACGAGAUUCGGAGUUUGUGCUCCAGCGUAUUAAAGCACCUCCUUAUGUUCACUUCCCAGAGAGGCAGACGUGGUACAAGCCAGUCACAACAGAGACAUUGCACUAUUAUCUGUGCAGCUUACCACAGAAGCUACUGAGGGAACUCCUGCCCAAGUACAUUUUAGACUUCUCCCUCUUCGCUUAUCCCCUCCCAAACACAACCACUGAAUACUGCCGGCAUUAG